CAGGGGGGCGGUACACAUAUAAAUUCCUUCCACAUUGCCGGCUUGUUCAUUGUGAGAGAAUGUCCGCAUAUUACGAAGACAGACCUAGAGACAAUGGCCCCGAAGGAAUGGAGCCUGAUGGAGUCAUUGAGAGCAACUGGAAUGAGAUUGUUGAUAGCUUUGAUGAAAUGAACCUGCGGGAGACUCUUCUAAGAGGAAUCUAUGCCUAUGGUUUUGAGAAGCCUUCUGCCAUCCAGCAGAGAGCUAUUCUGCCUUGUAUCAAGGGUUAUGAUGUUAUUGCACAGGCUCAGUCUGGAACAGGAAAAACUGCCACAUUUGCAAUCUCAAUUUUGGAGCAAGUAGAUAUUGAAAUGAAGGCCACCCAGGCUUUAGUUUUGGCACCUACCAGAGAGCUUGCCCAGCAGAUCCAGAAGGUAAUUUUGGCUCUAGGCGACUAUAUGGGUGCCAGCUGUCAUGCUUGUAUUGGGGGGACCAAUGUCCGUAAUGAAGUGCAAAAACUGCAGGCAGAGGCCCCCAAUAUUGUGGUGGGGACUCCAGGCAGAGUCUUUGAUAUGCUUAACCGCAAAUACCUCUCUGCAAGGUACAUCAAGAUGUUUGUUCUUGAUGAGGCCGAUGAAAUGUUAAGUCGUGGAUUUAAAGACCAGAUCUAUGAGAUUUUCCAGAAGCUUGCUUCUAAUACACAGGUGGUACUUCUGUCGGCCACUAUGCCUGCUGAUGUCUUGGAGGUGACAAAGAAGUUCAUGCGGGACCCAGUCAGAAUCUUGGUAAAAAAAGAGGAACUGACCUUGGAAGGUAUUCGCCAGUUCUACAUCAAUGUUGAAAAAGAGGAAUGGAAGCUGGACACACUUUGUGACUUGUAUGAAACUCUCACGAUAACUCAGGCUGUAAUCUUUAUUAAUACAAGGAGGAAGGUUGAUUGGCUGACAGAGAAGAUGCAUGCAAGGGACUUCACAGUCUCUGCCCUGCAUGGUGAUAUGGACCAAAAAGAACGAGACUUGAUCAUGCGCGAGUUUCGUUCUGGCUCCAGUAGAGUCCUCAUUACAACAGACUUGUUGGCAAGAGGCAUUGAUGUACAGCAGGUAUCUCUAGUUAUCAACUAUGAUCUCCCAACAAAUCGGGAAAACUACAUUCACAGGAUUGGCCGAGGAGGCAGAUUUGGCAGAAAAGGAGUAGCAAUUAAUAUGGUGACAGAAGAUGACAAACGCACCCUGCGAGACAUAGAGACAUUCUACAACACAACAAUAGAGGAGAUGCCAAUGAACGUUGCUGACUUAAUCUAAAAACUGUUGUGCUGCUUUACCAGUCCUGUCACAACAUCCCCCCCCAACCC